GCGCCUGCGCCGCCGCCGCCGCGCCCAAGGCGCCGCUGUAGAGCUCUACCCGGCGCCGCCGGCGGGAGCGGCGGCGGCGGCGCUGGCCAAUGGGGCGGCGCGGCGCCCGGCGGCCGCUGAGGUCAGUUCCGCCGCCCGCUGCCGCGCUGGGCGGAGGGCGGCAGAGCCGGGCCGGGCCGCGCAGGGCCGCGCCGGGGCGGCGGCGGGGGGCGCGGUGGCGCCCUCGCUGCGAUACUAUAUCCAGUGUUUGGAAUAUCUUUUGACUGCGGAUCUCUUGAUCUCAAUGUCUUAAACAGCAAGGCCCAAGAUACACUUAGCAUUGUAUAAAAGAUUAUUUUGACGUCAUUAUUUUGAGAAUAUGUGAAGUAGAAAUCGCCUCGUGUUAUGAAUUAGCAUUCAAGACUCUUGGAUUGGAAGCACUGGCACUGAUUGAAAAAGAACUUCUGUCUGUACUUAAGGAUUUUUAAGUUACCUUGAAAUUCCUGAUAUUUAAAAACAAACCCAUGGUUCUGUGUUUCUGUGCUGCAAGUUGAUUGAAUAAAGUUAAGAACUCGGAAUAUAAUAUGGAUGCAGUUCUUUGAGCAGUCUUUCUUCCGAAGUGCAUAUUUUGCAGAUUGGUGACCUGGAUGAUUGACUGACAAGCAGCAUACGCAAGACUAAUACCAAGAAAACGUUCUGUGUGUUGCAGCUGUAGUUUGAGUAUAGUGGUGCAGAGUCAUACCUUCUGAAAUGCAGUUGAAAAAAAUGAGGGAAAUUUUACCAAAAUUGUACCCUGGCCAACUUAAUGAUAAAAAUAAUUCCUUAAGUACAUCCCCAAAGCAGUCUUCUGAGGAUAAAACAAAUCCGUCAAAAGGAGAUGAUGACCAGAAUUGCUGUUACCAAGGGACUGAGGCUGAGAAUAAUAAUCUGUCACUGAUAAGCUGUAUAAAAUGCAGAAGUGUUCAGAAAAUUUCAAUGCAAGAUAUAGAAAAGCAUAAGAAACUUGGGUGGACUGAAGACAAAACUUUCAUCUGCAAGAAAUGCAGUCAUAUUACACCACCAGCUCUCCAUUUUGUUCCCGAGGGUGCCAGUGCUGUAGACUUUGAAAAACUUGAAAAAACAUCCCCAAGUAAAAACCAGAAAACUUUUAAAGUAAAAAACUUUCUGCCAGGUAAAUAUUACUGUGAUAAAUGUAGAUUUUCAACAAAGGAUCCUUUGCAGUAUAAAAAGCAUAUAAGUCAACAUGAAGAAAUUAAAUUUAUUUGUUCCCACUGUAGUUAUGUAUCCUACACCAAAGGAGAAUUCCAGAGGCACUUGGUGAAACACACUGGAACUUUUCCGUAUCAGUGUGAAUACUGUGAAUAUGGUGCUGUUAGACAUGAUUACAUAGUAAAACAUACAAGAAGAGUACAUGAAAUGCCCACAAAACGGCUAACAAAUACUAUCAUAAACCAUAAGCAAAAGAAGUCUUGCUUGCCAAGUCAAAGCACUUUAUUUGAAAAGCAGAAAUAUAAAAAAAUUCCUUUUCGAAAUGAACUUUCAAAUUCAUCUUCAAAUAUGGUUUGUGAGAUUCCAGAUAAAGUGACUAAAAUAGUCUGUCUGUCUCGUGAUAUAGAAUGUAGCAUAAACACAGCAUCAACCCAGGAUAAAACAGUAUUGGAGCCAUCCGAAAUGAGUGUAUGUGAGAAUCAAAGUGUGGAAGUUGAGGUGUAUUCUCCAAAAACAGAACCUUUACAACCUGGGAUGCCUUUAACAGUAAUUGCACCGUCUGAACUCGUAGUUCCCUCUAACUGUUUAGCUCAAAUAGUGGAGAUUAAAAUAGUGAAUGGAGCACAACAGCUGGUUCUUAAAUUAAUUCCUAUGAAAGAAGCAACUUACAAACCUGUGAACUGUGCUGAAGAAGAACCUGAGAAUCAAGGUAUAGAACAAUCUGCAGAAGGAAAAAAACCAUCUUCUGUGUUUCAAAAUGAGUUACUAACCAUGGAAGUGAAUGUAGACAAAUUAUCCAGUGUUAGUAACCAGCUCGCAUCAGAUAGUAUAUAUGGUAAGAAUUCUGAAUGUUUUUGUUCUUCUAACUGUCAACCCUCAAACUGUAACUCUGUAUCUAUACAGAAAGAAGAUGCAUCAAAAUUAUGCUUUCAUUUGGUGAAAGGUAUUGAUGUCCAUUCAGGUGUUAUAGAACUUUGUUCUCAGUCUCUAGUGACUUCUAGUACUGAAAAAGUAAGUGAUCCUAAAUCCUUAAGGAGGGAAACAGAUGGAAAAAAUAAUUUGCAUUAUGAUUUGUAUUGUUAUGAAGAAACUCUGGAUAUAUCCCCUCACAAAUAUGCCACUACUUCUGAAGAUAAAAUUUCCAAGAAUGUUUCAGUAGAGGCUGGUCAGGAAGGCAAAAAUUCCUCUUCUGCAGUCCUUAAAGAAAAGGAUACAUUGCCUUUAAAGAGUGAAGACAAUGAAUGUAAGAGUCCGCUAGUCAGCUCUCCAGGUAUACAUUUAGCUAGUAAGGGUUUUGAUAACAAAUCUGUUAAAUCUUCUGAAGCAGAAAGAAAGUUUCAUGUCACUAAAACUCCACCUCUGGAGGAUACAAAUGUUAGCGUAAGCAAACUAAAGAAAGUUGAUACCAUAAAUCAAAAGAGCAAUCUUCUUCUAGAAUCAUUAGAAUUACAGAAAAUGGAAAAUAAAGGCAACCCUUUUGAGGGACCUGUCAUUUCGUCUGUAUUUUCUCUUAGCGCUGGUGCUGAAAAUGUUCCAGAAGGCAUUAGAUGGGAUGAUACAACAUGCAGUAAAAAGUCAGCAACGUUGCUGUGUAGAAAGAUUGCUCAGUUGAUGUCUGCUGCUGAGUCUGACAUGAAAUCUAUGCCUUUGAGAUGUCAAGCCUCUAGUAAAAAGGUGCUUUUGCCUCAGCAGAAUUCAGCAAGCUGUGAGAGACUUGUCCCUGCCGCUGAGUUGGAACAGUCUGCGUCUUCACCUCAGCUGCAUGGUGGGAACAGUGUGAUUAGUAGCGAAGAACACAAUGAAGAACAUCUCCUUGCAGUCACAAAAACAUCUAAAAGCAGGGUGACUAAAAACUCCCAUGUUGCUACUCCAGUGUUCAUUCCCAAAGGGACGGUGCUGAGAGUGCUGAAUGCUACUAGCAGUCAAAAUAUGAAAGGAAUAGAAAACAGGAGUGAAGCAUCAGCUCCUUUUACAUAUUGCAAUGAAAUGCUUCUGCCUCGUCCAGUUCCUGUCAGUGUUUCUGAGAAACUUGGCAGUAAUUUGCCAUGUUUAUCUAAUCAGAGUGAACCAAAUGGUCCAUCCCGAAGUAUAUCACUCAGACAAAGACCAAAGCGAGAGGCAAGCGUGAAAAAUAAUAGUAAACAAAAUGGUGUUUUGUAUCAAAAAAGCAGUGAUGUGAAUAAGCAAAGCAAACUCCAUUCAAAGAGUCAGCAAGGACCCAAAAAUAAAGGAAAACAAGCAAGCUUCAGGGAACUUCCUAAGAGGAAAACAAGAACUCAAUCAGAAACAAGUUCUGGUUCUGACAUGGCCUAUCUGUUGACAGCAAGACGUCUUAGGCUUGUCCCUUUGAGAAUGAAUCAGUUGAUAAAAUGCCCUCGUCGUAACCAGCCAGUUGUGGUAUUAAACCAUCCUGAUGUUGACUCGCCAGAGAUAAUUAAUGUCAUGAAGACUAUCAACAAGUACAAAGGUCACGUCCUGAAAGUAGUUCUCUCAGAAAGGACAAGUAGUUGUCUUGGUGUGAAACGUUAUCGAAAGCGUCUCACUCUUCAGAAUGUUGAGACAGGAAACCAAGCAAAAAAGCAGAGUAUGUUAAAAAUGAAACUGAAAAAGACACAUAAAAACAAUUACCAGGUGGUGGAAGCUUCACCAGCUGAAACGCUUCAAUGUAUGUUUAAGUGCUGGUUUUGUGGAAGGGUAUAUAUGGACCAGGAAGAAUGGAUAAGUCAUGGACAGAGACACUUGAUAGAGGCAACCAAGGGUUGGGAUGUUCUUUCUCUUCCAACAAAAAACAUCAAGUGAGAGAUUAGUUUAUUUGUCUUAUUUUUAAUGAGUGACACUAAUUUGCUUGGAAGGGAAGAUAGAAAUAACUCCUUUAUUUUGCCAAAAGGUUUGUAUUAUUAGCAAAGUGGGAAAUGAGAACAGAGUUACAGAGACAAUGAGAAGCCAAUAGUGAGGGCUAAGCACCACUUUGCACUCUCAUAAUUGAAAUAUGUAUUGGAGGGCAACUUCAUCUGUUCCCUAAGAGAAAUCUGAAAAUGAUUUGCUAUGCAAACAUCUUUCUAGUUGCCAUUCUCUGUGCUAGGAUACUGUGCUGUAACUGGUUUGUGCUAGUUUGGUAUGGAUUAAAAUCUUAGACUACAAGAUAUGUGUAAACUUAACUUUUUUUUUAAAUUACAACAUAGUGUUUCAGAGAUCAGGCAUUCAUGUACUAAAAAACACCUUUGAUCCUGUAUGGGCAGCAAGUAUACAUCAUAGCUUUAGUUACAAAUUAAGUGCCAUGCAGAAAAAGUAAGCUUAAAUGAAAGUACCCUGUUCUGGUGGGACAGAAGCACUUCCGCUGACUUCAUUGGUAUAUAGGGAUGCAAAUGAAAAAUGUGAGAUCAGUUGCUCCUGCUACAUCAGAUGGCACUGAAAAGCUUAAGUCUGUGUAGUGCCGAGGCUUUACCUGGCCUGUACUGCAUAGAUGUGAGAGGCAGGCAGGCACCUUGCUGGCUUUUUGUACUACCUUUGUUCUGAGCGGGCUUUGCCGGCUCAGGUAUCAUCAAACUUAGGCUGUUAGGAGAGAAAAGUUUUUCUCUGUGUGGUCCCAACAGACUGUUCUGGAGUCCAAGGAGAGAAGAGCCAAAUGUGUAGCUCCUUACCACCAUGCGUAUGUGUAGCCUGAUAGAAACACAUUGCAGAAUUGGGCUUUUGGUUAGAUCUCUAGACAGUGAGUUCAUGCUUAUUCACAGGGAGAACUUGCUGAAGAUGAAGACUUUUCAAGAUGAAAAACCAUGUUACACAGCUUUUAUGUUGACAGUGUUGAAUCACAUUUUCAGUGCAGUCUUUCAUCCUUCUUAAUCUUAAGGCCUUGGAUGUUGUUAGAAUAUAUUUUAGGUAGGCCUCAAUUCAUACGAGCAUGUGCCUAGUUACAUAUGUACAUACAGUAUGUGUCUGCUGACUUGAGUGCAGUGUAAGCAGAUUACUCAGUUGCUUAAAUACUUUUCUAAAUCAGGGCCAAAUUUGAAGUUUUUAGUAAGGAAGAAGGAUGGAUGAUACUGAAGUCUAAUGUUUCUGUAUGUGAACAAUAGAUGUUUUCUUCAUCUUGUUAAUUCUAAAUCAUUCUAUUCUAAAAUUAUUUAGAAUGAACUAUAUUGAAUUAAGCACAUAUUUGCAAUUAAAAUCACUUCUUACAUUUUUACAGAUAAAAAGUCAGUACUGACUCUUAUGCUGGAUAUGUAUUAUAUGUUUGAACAGGGGCUACUAUUUGGAAGAACUGGUAGUUCCUAACUUCUUUUCACUGUUGAUGCAUUUUUGUAAACGAUUUAACUAGGCUGGGAAUAUUUUUUUUAUAUACUCUGGCAGAUUAUACAUUGCUUUUGAUAAAGUAUGUACGGUAUCUGUAUUGAAAUGUAAAUAUUUUAGAACUAUAAAGUACAUCUUCUGUUUGAGGUUUAUUUUACAAAAAAACAUUUAGAACAUUGAUUUCCAAGCAUUUUGCAAUACAGUGUUAAAAUCCUUCAGAUACUUGGUGCUUUCAGAAGUCAGAUCUUAUGUAUCAUUGUGUACACAUUGAAAGUUUUUGUGUCAUUUGUGCCAUAGGCUAGCCUAUUCCACAGAACAAAUUUCCUUUUAUCUGUUUUGUCAGUAAUAACGAAAUGACAGUUCUCAUUUUGUAUUCAAAUGGAAUUAUAUUUUUUUAGAUGGGUACACUAGAGGGUUUUUUCACUUCAUGUACUUUGAUGCUAAGCCUAGCAGUACUAUUUGCAUUUUUGAUUGUGAAAAUACUUUCAUCUUAAAAUCCUGGCAUAUCACAUAUAAUAUUGAAAUUGUUAACAUAAGAAAAUACAUGGUUAAAUCUGUCUGUUGUUUAAACUCUUUCAGUCCAGGUUACUGUUUGAAUUAAUUUUGUUUCUGUAGAAGCUACUAAAUAAAUGUUUUUGAAUUCGCUUUUAA